CUAUCUAUCUAUCUAUCUAUCUAUCUAUCUAUCUAUCUAUCUAUCUAUCUAUCUAUCUAUCCAUCUAUCUAUCUAUCUAUCUAUCUAUCUGUCUGCCUUUGUUCCCAAUGAGGUAGAGGAGUUUUGAUCAUCUAUCCCAUGAAGUGCUCGAAGGGCCGAAUGGCCUACUCCUGCACCUAUUUUUUAUGUUUGAAAUUUUCUAUUUUCUAUCUGUGGAAUUAUCUGCCACAGAAUGUAGUUGAGGCCAGUUCAUUGGCUUUAUUUAAGAGGGGGUUAGAUGUGGCCCUUGUUGCUAAAGGGAUCAGGGGGUAUGGAGAGAAGGCAGGUACAGGAUACUGAGUUGGAUGAUCAGCCAUGAUCAUAUUGAAUGGCUGUGCAGGCUCGAAGGGCCGAAUGGCCUACUCCUGCAUCUAUUUUCUAUGUUUCUAUGACGGUAACCUUUCGACCUUAUGUACACAUCCACCCUACCCUUAAAGGCGUCAACCAAAAGGCUGUUUUCCCCAACCUAUGCCCAUGGGAUCCAGUCACACGCUCCGUCGCUGGCUCUCCACGUCUUCAAUCUGCAGUUUACUCAGACUUCCACUUCACGAAACGUGAGGAAAUCCAGACCAUCGGACAGGAGGAGCCGCUGCUGCCCGGCUCUGUGGACAAUAGGGCUAGCGCGGAGCCAGGUUGAAAGUCCCUGUUGCUUUGCUACGGGGAUUUUUUUUUAAACAGACUCGUCUCGCCGGAGCUGAAGGCAGCGUGAGAUCCACCUUAACCGUGGAUCAUUUGCUUUCCGGGAGCCUACGUUUGGAGAGCACACACACACACACACACCAUUGCAUAAAUUGAAUGAUGGCUUAUUUCAUCCCGUCCUUGCAAGAUCCUCGCCUGGUGGCCAGUUUCCAGCGAGUUUGUGGUCUGUUUCUUCAGGUUGAAGACGUGGGCUCCACCAAUAACUCUUGCGGCAAUGGAGCUGGAGCGGACAGUGAGCAAGUCCUCCGGACAAGACCCAGCAUGAAUGGGCACGGGAGACACACAGCCGAAGAGGGAUCACUGCAUCUGCAAGGACAGGGAAAGCCAAGAUACGUUGUGAAGAACUUUUUCUUUUACUACUUGUUCCGAUUUGCUGCUGCCUUGGGUCAGGAGAUCUUUUACAUCACUUUCCUCCCAUCCACCUACUGGAAUUUUGAUCCCUAUGUUACCAGGAGGCUGGUUGCUGUGUGGGCAAUCGUUAUGUAUUUGGGUCAGGCUUCCAAAGAUAUCAUCAAGUGGCCGCGACCAUUAUCCCCGCCAGUUGUAAAGUUGGAGACGAGAGUCGACGCGGAGUAUGGAAUGCCAUCAACCCAUGCCAUGGCUGCCACCGCCAUCUCCUUCACAUUCCUCUUUGCCACAAUGUACAGAUACAAGUAUUCAUUUGCGUUGGGACUAAUGGCGUCUGUACUGAUGUCUACUCUGGUUUCAUUGAGUAGGCUCUACACUGGAAUGCACACUGUUCUGGAUGUAAUCUGUGGAAUUCUUCUUACUGCGGUCCUGAUGGGCUUGACGUACCCGUUCUGGAACAUUCUCGAUGACCUCCAGUUAACCAGCCCCCUAACUCCACUCAUUGCAGUGGUUUUGCCUUUUCUCAUGAGCUAUAAUUACCCAGCGUUGGAUCACUACAGCCCAACCAGGGGAGACACCACCAUAAUCCUGGCUGUGGCUUCAGGGUGUACUGUUGGAUUUUGGAUGAACUACCAGUACGGUCAAACGUACGAGCCUACAGGACCUCUCCCAUUUGAAGUACCUUCUAUAACUCUACAAGUUGCAUUGAUGGCCAUCGCCCGCUUUCUCGUUGGAAUUAGCAUCCUCUUUGCCACUCGCUUAAUUGUCAAAACCAUUUCGCUCAAAGUAGUGUGUGCUUGGUUUCAUGUUCCAGAUGAUAUGGAAGCCAGGAAGAGAUUGGAGAUCGAAGUGCCCUACAAAUUUGCAACAUAUUCUUCCAUUGGCUUUGUUGCAACAGCGGUAGUGCCCCUGCUGCAUCAAUACCUCAACCUCUUGUGAGGAUUUGGGAUUGAAUGAUUCCCGUGCAGAAUGCAUCCCAUGUGUUGAUGAAGACUUCCUGUAAAGAAAUGUCCUGCAAAUACUAUUAUGACUCAACCUGUUUCAACAGUUUUGGAAGACGCAGUCGAUUCUUUAAUUUAGUAGAAUUGUUGCAAGCCCAAAGCUCCUUGACAGAAGCAACAGAAGUAGAUGGAGUGGUAAUGAAUGCAUACUUCAUCAAGUGAUGUUGAAUCUAAAAGUUGGAAAGUCUCUAAAGUUGUUACAACUCUAUAAAAUUUUGGUGAGGUCGCAUUAAAGGUCAUUAGGUCAUAAGUGACAGGAGCAGAAUUAGGCCAUUCGGCCCAUCAAGUCAACUCCAUCGUUCAUUGAGAGGGGAUCUUAUAGAAACGUACAAAAUUCUUAGGGGGUUGGACAGGCGAGAUGCAGGAAGAUUGUUCCCGAUGUUGGGGAAGUCCAGGACAAGGGGUCACAGUUUAAGGAUAAAGGGGAAAUCCUUUAGGACCGAGAUGAGAAAAACAUUUUUCACACAGAGAGUGGUGAAUCUCUGGAACUCUCUGCCACAGAAGGUAGUUGAGGCCAGUACAUUGGCUAUAUUUAAGAGGGAGAUAGAUGUGGCCUUUGUGACUAAAGGAAUCAGGGGGUAUGGAGAGAAGGCAGGUACAAGAUACUGAGUUGGAUGAUCAGCCAUGGUCAUAUUGAAUGUCGGUGCAGGCUCGAAGGGCCGAAUGGCCUACUCCUGCACCUAUUUUCUAUGUUUCUAUGUUUCUAUUCAUGGCUGAUCUAUCUCUUCCUCCUAACCCCAUUCUCCCAUUUGGAGUAUUUUGUGCAAUUCUGGUUGCCACGGAAGGAUGUGGAGGCUUUUGAUUAGGGUGCAGGCUAUUCAUCAGGAUAUCGCCUGGAUUAGAGUGUUAUUAAUUAGCUAUAGGGUGGGGUUAGGCAAACUUGGACUGUUUACUCUGGAGUGUUGGAGGUCGAGGGUAGAUAGAAGCAUUGGUUUAUUAUUAUUACAUGUACCAAGAUACAAUGAGAAGCUUUGUUUGUAAGUUAUCCAGUCAAAUCAUACUGUACAUGAGUCAUUAACAAGUACAACAUGGCCAGUACAGUCACGAUGGGCCAAAGAGUGUCUUCCCGAGCUGGAUUGGUCCAUGUAUUUGGUACACAGUGAUCUAGAACGUGUGUGAGUGAUAUUACAAACUUAUCAUUAUCCACAAGAAACCUGCAGUACCUUUACCUCUUCCUGUCCUUUGCCUCUUUCAAAAGAUAUGUUUAAGAUGAGUGGCUGUAAGGACCCACACUCCUUGAUGGUACUCACCUGACAACUGCAUAACUUUGGAUUGGCAGAUAUUGAACUUGGAAAUUACUUGAUGUCAAUUUGUAGUUGAAAACCAAUGAGGUUUACAACAAAGCAAGUUUCGCUGUCCUCCUGAAACAUUUUACUCUUUGUAUGCCUCAAUGUCACCUUCCCCAUAUCCAACAAUGGAUCAUCAUCUGCUUUGAUCCAUUCUUUUCACACCUUACAUGUUCUUUGUACCCUUCCAUAUCUUGUUUCCCUCUCCCGAUUCUCAGUCUGAAGAAGGGUCUUGACCCGAAACGUCACCCAUUCUUUCUCUCGAGAGGCUGCCUGUCCCACUGGGUUACUCCAGCAUUUUGUGUCUAUCCUCAGUGUAAACCAGCAUCCGCAGUUCCUCCCAACGCAAAGAUGUCUCAACAGCGGUUAUAUUUCAAAUACCUCAUUGGCUGUAAAAUAAAAAGUUAGGGAUGUACCUAGCUUUUGAAAAGUGCAAGUUUUAUUUUCUUGACCAAGCAGACACAUCACAAAUAAUCGUCAAAUCCGCCUCACUUCCCUAAGUAGAUUAUUUUUGUCAAUUCAUUGAUUCAAAGAUGAUAAGUUUGUGCUUCCACUAGAACGUAUGCAAUAGUAACAAGGCUGGUUAUCUGAUGUUGCAGCAAUCCUAACGAAGUUCUCUCAAAGUGCAAAGCUUUGUGUAUCACGGGUAUAGCUGGAUUAUGGCCAUCUUUGUCAAGCUCAAAAUACUAAAUCAUCGGAGGCACAUUAUUCCACACAUUCCACAAAUGAAUCCUUUCUACACUUAGAUAUUGUGUUUUGUCCUGAUAAUUAAUAGUCAUGACAGCAAUCAAAUGCAUUUAUGUAGCACCCUUGACUGAAAAAUGGCCCACACUGCUUCAGAGAAAGUUUAUUGAUGAGAUGAAGACGGAGGGACAGUGACAUCGUCAUUCAUUUAUGAGUAAUUAGGUGUAACUAUGCAAAGAUGUAGUAACUAAAUUAUCAAUAAAUUUGCUCCAGUAAAAAAGACGCAAAUCUCACAAACAGACGUCACUGUUUAAAAUGGAAAUAUUGAAAAUAAUAGUUAUAGUCAGAGUUAUACAGCACAGAAAUAUGCCCUUCGGCCCAACUCCCUGUCAACCAAGUUGGCCCAUAAAAGGUUCACCAGACUGAUUCCUGUGAUGUCAGGACUUUCAUAUGAAGAAAGACUGGAUAGACUCGGUUUGUACUCGCUAGAAUUUAGAAGAUUGAGGGGGGAUCUUAUAGAAACGUACAAAAUUCUUAAGGGGUUGGACAGGCUAGAUGCAGGAAGAUUGCUCCCGAUGUUGGGGAAGUCCAGAACAAGGGGUCACGGUUUAAGGAUAAGGGGGAAAUCUUUUACGACCGAGAUGAGGAAAACAUUUUUCACACAGAGAGUGGUGAAUCUCUGGAAUUCUCUGCCGCAGAAGGUAGUUGAGGCCAGUUCAUUGGCUAUAUUUAAGAGGGGGUUAGAUGUGGCCCUUGUGGCUAAAGGGAUCAGGGGGUAUGGAGAGAAGGCAGGUACAGGAUACUGAGUUGGAUGAUCAGCCAUGAUCAUAUUGAAUGGCGGUGCAGGUUCGAAGGGCCGAAUGGCCUACUCCUGCACCUAUUUUCUAUGUUUCUAUAUAAGCUAGUCCCAUUUGCCUGCAUUUGGCCCAUAUUCCUCUUAACCUUUCCUAUCCAUGCAUGCUGUCUAAGUGUCUUUUUUUUUUAAUGUUGUUAUAGUAUUUGGCCUCAACUACCUCCCCUGGCAGCUCUUUGCAUACACCCACCACCCUCUGAGUGAAAAAGUUGCCCCCAAGGUUUGUAUUAAAUGUUGUCCCUCACCUUAAAUUUUGCUUUUUCCUGCAGCCGCUCUUAGAGGCUCGACAUUGGAAGUGGCGCAUUAGUACAGCUGCUAGAGCUGCUGUCUCUCAGAGCCAGAGACCUGGGUUCGAUCCCGACCUUCCGUGCUGUCCGUGUGGAGUUUGCACGUUAUUCCUGUGACCGUGUGGGU